AGACUCAGCUGUUGAAGUCGGUAACGCCGUGCUGUUCGCUGUCGUUUGCCGUCUUCACCUCUUUAGAAACGUAUCGUUUUAUAUUCGUGUAUGUUUAUGGCAAAACUCAGACGUUUUCAUUCACAGUGACAUUUUUUAAAGUGAUGACAAAACCCAAGAGACGUAAAAAUAACGCAGGAGUUCGAGUGAAUGGCAAUGGACCUUCUGUUACAAGAGAACCAGAUUCCUGGAAGAAACAGAAGUUGGCUGAGAUCCAUCAGGCUUUGAACAGUGAUCCAGUGGACAUUGAGACCCUGAGGAGAGCGGCAGCCAGCAAGGGAGGACUGCUCAUUGACGAACUGAGGAGGAAAGUCUGGCCCAAACUGCUUAAUGUCAAUGUGUAUGAUCUACCACAUAAACCUGGUCGAGAUGUUAGGGAGAACCAUAAGGACUACAACCAGGUUUUACUGGAUGUCAGGAGGUCCAUGAAGAGGUUUCCUAAAGGUAUGCCAGCCACAGAGAGAGCGGUGCUUCAGGAACAGCUCAUCGACAUCAUACUGGAGGUUUUGAAACACAGCCCACAGCUCCACUACUACCAAGGCUACCAUGAUGUGGCCGUCACUCUGCUGCUGUUGGUCGGGGAGAGGAGGGCCAUCGCCAUGCUGCACACGCUGUCCAAUCAUCACCUCAGGGAUUUCAUGGAUCCUACUAUGGACAGCACCAAGCACAUUUUGAACUACCUGAUGCCUAUAAUAGAGCAGGUUGAUACAGAGCUACAUGACUUCAUGAUCAGAGCCGAGGUGGGCACCAUCUUCGCCCUGUCCUGGCUGAUCACAUGGUACGGCCACGUCCUAUCAGAGUUCAGACACACACUGAGGCUCUACGACUUCUUCCUGGCCUCGCACCCGCUGAUGCCCAUCUACCUCGCUGCUGCGAUUGUCUUGCACCGAGAGAAGGAGGUGAAGCGAACGGAGUGCGACAUGGCCAUGGUGCACCAUCUCCUCUCCCGCAUCCCCCAGGACCUCCCAUACGAACUCCUCAUUGGUCGAUCCCAGGCGCUGUUCGACCAGUACCCUCCCUCUUUACUGGCCAAGCGGGCGGCACUGCAGUCCCACAAGAGUCUGUCCAUCAGUACGUUCCAGUCGUUCCAGCUCUCCACGCUCCACCAGAGGCCAGACUCUGUUCUCCAGCGUCUAACCAAGGCCCGAGGCAGCUCCGCCUCCAGACAUGGUAAAAAUGAUCAUAGACACCCAGGCCUGGAGGCAGCUUUGUCCCGUGACAGAGGCCUGCUGUUGGGACAGGGGAACAGGAUGGUGAAGAUGGCAGUGUGGGGGCUGUCUGCCACCCUCGGGGCGGCUGUGUUCGCUGUGGCUCAGACGGCUAUGGACUGGGGGCCUGAGAUGUUGUUCCAACUAUUCUGAAUGGACAGAUAUGGAUGUAGAUUGAUACACAUUCUGAGAAUAUACACACACCGGCCGUUCUGAAGAGUUAAGGUGUGUACAAACACAUGCAUAUCAGAUGUAAACCUGAAGACUUGAAUCUCCUCCCCCUGCUGAGAGGAGAGGGAGGAGAAAAGGAAGAGGAGGUUAGUUGUCUUGAUGCCAAACAGGUUGUUGCUGCUCAACCUCACUGAACAUAUGUAAACCACUACUCAGCCUCAGGAUGUAUGUGUUUGUGUGUGUGUGUGUGUGUAUGUGUGUGUGUGUGUGUAUGUUUGUCUGUAUGAAUGUACAUCUACGUGCCUGGCUUCAAACCAUAUGUCAAACACCAACACACCUUCCUCAUUCAGGCACCGGUUAGCAUGCCACUGUUGCUGCACCGUGUGUGUAUCUUAGGUUAGUUGAAGUAAACUAUGAUUGUGUUGUUGAUUUUCUGUGCUGGUAGCUAGUGUUUAAAACAUUGGCACGCUUAAUUCGCUGCAUUUCCGCUGAUCAUUUUUAGGUGAGCUUGUUUUAUGAGCAGGCCUGUCUGAGAGCCAAAAGUGCCCUUAGCCAGCACGAUGACACAAGAAUACAAAUUAUUAAAGAGAGGUUUUCUCCUGAAAGCUUUCAGUUCGGAAGGGGGGAGGGAGGAAAGAGGGCGAGGCAUGGGAGAGUGUGAAGGAAGGAGAGAUUUUUGACUGUGAGCCAGUAUUAAUGGCUUUACUCAUUGGGAUAAUGAAUUAAUGAUUUUCAGAUUUUUUCACAUAACGAGCAUUGUGAAAAUUAGACAAUCACCAGUGUGCAACAGUAUGCUCUUAACUUCAGUAUUCGGUGCAAGCAGGGGCUGAUAUAUGGUUAUAUUUUGCAGGCAGAAUUGAGAUACUUCAUCAUAUUUUCAUUUUCAUAUUGUCUUUUAGCAAUGGUCGCACUUUUCUAGCUGCUAUGGCUCACCGCUGCUGAACGAAUAUAGGGGAAACACUGAGUACUUUUACAUUCUGAAAUAUUUAGCAGGUUUGUGCCAACAUCCAUCCUUAACAACUGUCAACAGGGCUACAUGUACUCGGUUCUUACAACAUUGCUUUUCUCUACAGUAUUUUACUGCUCCUUUUAGAAAAAUGAUUUUACUGCUACAGUAGUUGGACAGGCUAUGAAACAAAUUGUGUUUUUAUUUAUUUUUUAUCAGCACAGGGGACAAACUGCCUGAGUCUUUUCGAAAAGGUAUAACACAUUGAAACUGCUGGGUCCAACCUCAGUAUGCGAAGAAAUUCCUUAAACUCAAUCACAGAGUAACACAAAAUUUCACAAGCUGAAAAUGAAACAUUAAUAAUACAGGCCAUAUUCAACUGAGUUACAUGUGUAGAGAACACUUUGGCCGCUGCAAACAGCAGUAUGUGUGCUGUAUGUAGACUUACACUUUGAAAUAUUUAUCAGCUUUUACUAGCAUCUAGCCCCUGCAUCUGUCAUCACAGCUUCGUGGAUUCACAACUCUCCUCCUCACUCCACUUUCUCUGCAAUCACAUUUACAUCCGGCCAGGAGUGCACGUACAUGUAAGCCUGUUGAUUCCUGUCAUCCUGCAGCAUAUGAAUUCAAGUUAACUGGUGCACGAUGCAACAUGCUCCUUUGUGUACACAAUUACCAUAGCUAUGUGCCGGUGCAGUCAGCAUAAAGCGUUAACAGAAAGGAACAAGUAAAUGUAGAUGCUUUUCCAGGGGGUUUACUUUGCUCUGUAAAUGUACAAGCUUAGAUUGUUCUAAGAAGUUAUUCAGUCGUCGUUUGUGGUUGCAGUGUUUUCUGAGGAGGAGGAUUGUGGAGCCGAGCCAGUCACUCAAGUCAGUUUCAAGAAUGCUGGUGAUUGUGAUGGGUGGUAGUCAGCCAGUUGAUGAGACUGUCAGUCAGUCAGUUAAUGGCAUGAUACUCAGGUAGCCACCUGGUCAGGAAAUCAGUCAGUAGGCCAGUAACACCCCUUUUCCACCAACAAAGAACCAUUUCGACAUAUUCUUUGCAUUUCCAUUGAUUGCUUCCCAAAUGGAAAAAUCGGUUCUCAACUGCACAAAGAAAAUAGUACUUCUGAAGUGUGAACUGUCAGAUCCUGCUAAUUUCUCUGGGACAGAAUCAGCACACCAGAUAACGUACCGGCACAAUUAAGAGUUUAUUAUUCUCAGUCUGAACCAUAUCAGUCUCAGAUUAUAUAGGUUAAUUUUUCUAACAGAUAGGAGGGGUCGGGCUCUGUGCUGCAGUUGACAGCAGAUGGGCGGGGUCACCAUGGCACCGUGGUCACGAGUAUUUACUUCUGUUGUGCAUGCCCAACAUCCAUGAUGGGAUGGUUCCAGUCCAAAAACUGGUCAAAACACGGGCCAGUUUCUCAGUUUGCACCUUGGUUCCAAGAAUCUUGAACCACACCAGUUUGAGAACCAGAACUUUUUUGGUGGAAAAGGAAUAAAAGUGAGUGAGUCUGCUUUGUUUGGUCAGUUUGUAACCUGUGCUUAGCAUCCUAAGGUCUGUUUCUGUUGAAAUCAUACAUGCGCCAUGUGAAAUCAUCUCACACAUCCUUCCACUGAGGUUAAAUGCAACAUAAAGAAAGACAGGGACUUGUUUUGUUUUUGAUUGUGACCCUCCAGGGAUCUGAAAUAAUUUAUUUAUUGUCAAGGCAACAAUCUGAUAUAAUCUGGCUAUUUAUUUUUGGAUUGUAAUGUGAUUGUAUGAUUUUAUUUUAACUGCCAAAGAAAGAAUUAUUGUGGGGAAACUAUCAGCCUCAACAAUUGUCAGUAGCUUAUUGAUCGUGUCUUUAAAGAUGAUAUAAUCAUUUGUCAAACAUGUGAUUAAUCAUUAUUCGUCAGCCUAGCAAGUUCAGAAAUUAACUGUUUGGCUUAUGUGUGAGGCCACUGCUUAUAUCUGGUAUAUUUAAAGAAAAAAACAACAACAACAACAGUGUGACCAAGGGGAACUUUUUUUAAUCCUCUGUGGUGCUUGGUGGGCAUUACUGCUUUUACUCAAACAGCUGACCAACCUGUCAUCUUAUUUAAGUUGUUGUAUGUAAUUGUGCAUCUGUGAUAUCUGGGUACAGGUGAUAUGAUAUAAAACAUGGUUAUCAAUUGUUUUGUGCAUGGCAGUUUUGUUUUUCUUGUUUUUUGCUUAAACAGAUGAACACAUAAUAUUGUAAUAUACAGGGAAAAAGUGAAAGUGCAAUUUGUGUAGUUGUACUGGCACCAAGUAGCUUAGAUACACACACAUACACACACACUCACAUAAUAGACAGGGAGCCAGUGGAGGUGCCAGAUCCUAAUGAGGGUUUAAUUCAUGCCCCUGGCUCUUGGCAUGUUUAAGACACAAUCUCUCUGUCUUUCAGCUUCUCACACCCACACACCAACACCUACACCAACACCUGCACUGGUUCAGCUUGAAGCUGACAGUUGCUUUCGAUGAAAAAUGAUUGAAGCCUGUUACUUGGUUUAAUUCAAACCAUCAAAACUCUAAAACAAAUCCAGAUUGUUGACUUGACUCUAUGGCUGCUGCUGGCUGUGAGCCCCAGUAUCGAAAAAGUCAACUCAACAAACAAACCCCUUAUGUUCAUGUUUACAAUCACUGUAUCUUUUGAAACAUUACAGUGGUUUUCAAUUGGGUUUUGACGGUCUCAGGGCUAUGAAAUUCAAUAAAUGUACCUGACAAACUUAUAAUUCUGGAAGGAGAAAAAUGUAAAAUUUAAGUUACUAAGUUUUCAUGAAACUGCAGUGUUAUGUUUUGCUUGCUGUUAAUCAGAGCAUUUACAAAGACAAUUAAUUUAAUCCUUUAUCAUUACUUGCUGUUAUUGCUUUCAUUAGCUGCAUUUCAUUAUCCUUUUACUCUCACUUGCUAUCACAGCUCACAUCUGCAACAAUUUUGUGGAGGCUAUUUUACACCCCUCCUACUAACCAUUCUGUUAAAUUCAUUUGCCAGCACAAAAACCCCAUCGAUGAUUCAUUAUAAAAA